AUGCCACCACGAAAAACGCACUACUUCGAUGAAACGGAGCCAGUCCAGAAUCGUGUAUACAAAUCUUUAAAGGUUUGGUCAUUGUAUGCGGAUAUUGAAGAAGCGUUCGGUACAUUGGAAUCGUGUCAGGCAGUUUAUGAGCGAAUAAUCGAUUUGCGAAUCGCCACCCCACAAAUUAUCAUUAAUUAUGCGAAAUUUUUGGAAGAGAACAAUUACUUUGAAAAUGCUUUCAAGACCUAUGAAAAAGGCAUUGCAUUAUUCAAAUGGCCAAUUGUGAACGAAAUAUGGACGGUGUAUCUGGUGAAAUUCUUAAAUCGUUAUGGUGGCAAGAAAUUGGAGCGUGCCCGUGAUCUCUUCGAGCAGUGCCUUGAGAAUUGCCCAUCAAAAUUUGCAAUGAAAUUGUAUCUGCUGUAUGCAAAACUGGAAGAGCAAUAUGGUUUGCCGAGGCAUGCAAUGAACAUCUACAAUCGUGCCACUGCUGCUGUCGAAAGGCAUGAAAUGUACAGCAUGUUUAAUAUUUACAUCAAGAAAGCAAAAAGUAUGUAUGGAUUGACGCAUUCAAGGCCAAUAUACGAGCAUGCUAUCGAAGUGCUUCCGGAGGAUCAAUCCAGAGCAAUGAGCAUCGAAUUUGCUGAAAUGGAAAGGAAACUGGGUGAAAUUGAUCGCGCACGGGCAAUUUAUGCGCACUGCUCUGAAAUAUGCGAUCCACGAGUUCACGGACGCUUCUGGGAGAUAUGGAGAGAAUUCGAAAUCCAGAGCGGUAACGAGGAUACAGUACGUGAGAUGUUACGCAUAAAACGAUCUGUACAGGCGACGUACAACACAAGUGUUAAUGUGAUGAGCGCGCAAAUGUUGUCAGCAGCGGCUGGUACUGCAACAGGAACUAUUAUACCUGAGCCUAGCACAGCGGCGGACAGCAUGGCAAUGCUUGAAGCGCGAGCCCAGAAAAUCGCUGAGGAAGAAACAGGCGUUGUAAAGGCACCCUUGGGUGGUGCAGCAAUCCGAUUUGUUCGAGGAGCAACAACAGCUCAAGCAGUCGAAUCGAGUGUCACGGAAAAUCCGGAAGAAAUUGACAUUGGUGAGGGAAGCGAUGACGAGGAAAAUGAGGAUGUUGUCGAGACGAGAGCAAUACCUGCUGGUGUUUUGGGCUGUCUGGCACAGGAAAGAAACGAAUGA